CCUCCUGAAACCUAACCCCCCCCCACAUCAUAUCUUGCUUCAAACUUCCUUCUUUUAUCCAUGUCCUGAACAGAUAGGAUACACGUACAAGAAUUAGAAUAUAUAUAUAUAUAUAUAGGUGUAUAUUCAGAGUUGUGUAUAUAAACUAUAUAUCCUUUUGGUUCCUUUGUUUAUCGCAUGGUAAAGAUGGAUCAUCGUGUUGUAUUGUCUGUCUUUCUUCUCUUUUCUCUCUUCACGGCCUCGGUUUCAUCGUUGGCCGAUGAGGGUUUCAUUUCGGUCGAAGCUACGGAAGGUGGUGAUCCGUUGAUCAGGCAGGUGGUGGACCGCGAUGAUCAGAAGUCACUGAGCGCGGAGGACCAUCACUUCUCGCUGUUCAAGAGGAAGUUUGGGAAGACAUACGGGUCGACGGAGGAGCACGAGUACCGGUUCAAGGUGUUCAAGGCGAACCUGCGACGCGCGGCGCGUCAUCAGAGGAUGGACCCGAGCGCGAGUUCUAUUGUCUUUGUAUGCACAAAUAUGUUGAUCAUGAGUUAUGGCAUGCAUGGAGAAAAAAAAAAGGGGGGUUUUCCUCCUGCUUUCCCAUUUCUCACAGACUUUGUGCUGCUUUUCCAGUGUGACCCAGAAGAACCUGAUUCAUGCGACUCUGGUUGCAAUGGUGGGCUGAUGAAUAGCGCCUUUGAAUACACCCUUAAAGCUGGUGGGCUGAUGCGAGAGGAUGAUUAUCCUUACACUGGUACCGAUCGUGGAACAUGCAAAUUUGACAAAUCAAAGAUAGCUGCUACUGUUGCCAACUUUAGCGUUGUCUCUCUUGAUGAGGAUCAAAUUGCCGCAAAUGUGGUGAAGAAUGGUCCCCUGGCGGUGGCCAUCAAUGCAGCAUACAUGCAGACAUAUAUUGGAGGAGUGUCAUGCCCGUAUAUAUGCUCAAGGCGCCUCAACCAUGGUGUGUUGUUGGUGGGAUAUGGUUCAGCUGGCUACGCGCCCAUCCGACUGAAGGAAAAGCCAUACUGGGUCAUAAAGAAUUCAUGGGGAGAAAACUGGGGAGAGAACGGAUAUUACAAGAUCUGCAGGGGUCGCAAUAUUUGUGGAGUUGACUCCAUGGUCUCAACCGUAACUGCUGUUCAUACAACCUCACAGUAGUUGUGGGAAGUUAAAGUAGUGUCAUUGCCAUCCGGAAAGGAUGUGUAUAUAAUGCAUGUGACAGUUUAUAUAUUAUUUCUGUCAGAUUGUCCAAAAGACGUGCUUUUGGAUUCCAUAAGGACUAGAAUGUGUCUUUCUCGCUCUGUUUAAGAACCUUCAAAUUUCAAUGCAUGUUAUUAUUUGCAAGUUUCAAUCACCCGCAUCGAAUGCUAUUUUGGGA